UUUGCUUACAGUAGCAUCUGAAAUUUUGUGACAACAGAUUCCAAAACCAACUGCCACGUUUCCAAGAAACCACAGGAAGAAAAAGAAGAAAAAAGGAAGUGAUUAAAUUUGACUCAAAAGAAGUAUUAACAGUAGCAUCGUCAAUCAAUGGCAGCAAGUGGAGUUUUUGCAGAUAUAGUUGAUGGAGAUGGUGUUUAUAAAUUUUACACUGAUGGUGAGUGGAGAAAGUCUUCUUCUGGUAAAUCAGUGCCUAUCAUAAAUCCCACUACCACAAAGAUCCACUUUAAGGUCCAAGCUUGUACUCAAGAAGAGGUGAACAAGAUCAUAGAGUCAGCGAAAUCAGCUCAAAAAGGAUGGGCAAAGACUCCUCUAUGGAAAAGAGCAGAAUUGCUUCAUAAAGCAGCAGCAAUCUUGAAAGAGCAUAAAGUACCCAUUGCAGAGUGCCUUGUCAAAGAAAUUGCAAAACCAGCUAAGGAUGCAGUUACUGAAGUUGUCAGGUCUGGGGAUCUGGUGUCAUAUUGUGCUGAAGAAGGGGUUAGAAUUCUUGGAGAAGGAAGAUUUUUAGUAUCUGAUAGUUUUCCUGGGAACGAAAGAACCAAAUACUGCCUUACUUCAAAGAUUCCACUAGGGGUUGUUUUAGCCAUCCCGCCCUUCAACUAUCCUGUCAAUCUUGCAGUAUCAAAAAUUGCUCCUGCCUUAAUUGCUGGAAACUCCCUUGUCCUUAAGCCGCCAACCCAGGGUGCUGCAGCUGCACUUCACAUGAUCCAUUGCUUUCACUUGGCUGGUUUUCCCAAGGGCCUUAUUAGCUGUGUUACUGGAAAGGGUUCAGAGAUUGGUGAUUUUCUUACAAUGCAUCCUGGGGUUAACUGUAUAAGCUUCACAGGUGGGGACACUGGGAUAGCAAUCUCAAAGAAAGCGAGCAUGAUCCCUCUUCAGAUGGAAUUGGGUGGCAAAGAUGCUUGUAUUGUUCUUGAAGAUGCUGAUCUAGAUUUAGCUGUAGCAAAUAUUGUUAAAGGGGGCUUCUCUUACAGUGGUCAAAGGUGCACUGCUGUCAAGGUUGUUCUAGUCAUGGAGUCUGUUGCUGAUAUUCUUGUAGAGAAAGUUAAAGCCAAAGCUGCAAAACUGACUGUCGGUCCCCCUGAGGAUGAUUGUGAUAUCACUCCAGUUGUUACAGAGUCCUCUGCCAACUUUAUAGAAGGGUUGGUAAUGGAUGCCAAGCAAAAAGGAGCGACAUUCUGCCAGGAGUACAAAAGAGAAGGCAACCUCAUAUGGCCAUUGUUGUUGGAUAAUGUUCGACCUGAUAUGAGGAUUGCAUGGGAGGAGCCUUUUGGUCCAGUUGUGCCAGUUAUCAGGGUAAACUCUAUUGAAGAGGGAAUCCACCAUUGUAAUGCUAGUAAUUUUGGUCUUCAGGGAUGCGUCUUUACAAGAGAUAUAAACAAAGCAAUUUUGAUCAGUGAUGCUAUGGAGACUGGAACGGUGCAGAUCAAUUCAGCACCAGCUCGGGGACCUGAUCAUUUUCCAUUCCAGGGUCUGAAGGACAGUGGCAUCGGCUCUCAGGGAAUAACUAACAGCAUUAAUAUGAUGACGAAAGUUAAGAGUACUGUGAUCAACUUACCAACCCCUUCUUACACUAUGGGUUAAGUAAACAAGAGUUAUUAUCAGUAAUUCUGGGUUGAUAUUGCCUAGCCUAGGGCCUAAAUAAGUUGCACAGACACAUGCAUUCGACAUUUUUGCUCGCUCGCUUGUACACUCAGUGUGCGGAUCAUCUAGAGCUUCUAGAGUUGAAUUAGCUGUUCUGUAUGCAUAGACAACAAAGGGUGUAUAGUUGCUGCUACAACAUGUAAAAUAGCGGAAUGUGUCUGGUUAGUAUAAGAAUGUGCUGUUGCCUGAGUGAUGAGGGUAGUGGCUUAACUUAGUAUAUUAUGAUAUUUCAGUAUGUCGCUUGCUUGUAACAAUAAUUUCAUUGUUAGAAACAAAUUACAUUUAUUGCAAUAUAGUAAGCUAGUGAACUAAGAUCAAAGACA